ACACAUUGAAAGGAGAGUAGACAGCAACCAUGUCGUGUCCAGUGAAUAAAGACACUAAAGGAAGCUUGGAAAAAGACAACAAAACAUCCCAGACGACAGGUCCUAGUGAGAACCUUACAGAAACAGAUGGGUAUUUCUGCAGUUCUUUCUCUAUGGACCCUGCGGAGGAGUACAAGAUGAACCACAAGCGGCGAGGCCUGGCUCUCAUCUUCAACCAGGAGCACUUCUUCUGGCAUCUGAGGAUGCCCCCCCGCAACGGGACCAAUGCUGACCGCUCCAAUCUGUGCCACCGAUAGCUUCACACUUCAAAACACAUAUAUUCAUAUGGUUGACAUCGACAACGUACACUAAAUCACAAGAGUAGAGAUUUGAACCCACAACAGCUUGGUUGCAGGGCUGAGAUUUAACCCCAAAUCCUUCACACUUGAAGUGCUUCUCUUUGUAUGUUAGACAUCGACAGUUACAGAAACUGUCAAUCAAGCACAAUAUAUAUGGAUUAAACCCACAACCUCCAACCUAUUACGCCAGGGACCCACUGUACCCACUGCCCCAUUUGGUCCUCUGUAGUAGACAAGAUGAAAAGACAGACAAUGAUGUGCCUCAAUAUGUUGUCUCCCCACUUGUUCUGUCAAAAGGGAAUUUGUGUUGUUUCUGUUUGUACUUGGAUGUGCUUAGCCUUUACAACUCAAAUGUAGUUUUACAUGUUUUGAAAGUGGCAGGCUAAACGUGAACAAAUUCCAAUGUGGAAAGUACCUCAGGGAGUCAAGUGUCUAAAAGACGUUAAGUAAACACUGCAGGUUUGGUCACAUGACCUAAGGUACUACUCUGACUCAGGAAAAUCAGUCCUAUACAUUGUUUACUGCCACUAUGGUGCCUUUGUUUGGUCAUUCAAAUCAAUGGCCUUUUAAUUAACUAUAAAAAAUAACAGCUUUUUACCAUUGUUCUUUGUUAUUGAGGGUAUUUGACAACUGUUUUCAACUUAAGAUACUUUAUUGGUCAAUUACACCCCCCCCCACAUCCCAUCUGGGCUGGGAUUGGAAACCCUCUGGUUGCUGGCUCGCAUCUCUAACCACUUGGCUACCUGUCGCUCCAAUACUGAACAACUUUAACAGUACCAAUCUUUUUAAAUACCAUUUUUAUACACCACAUGACUACAGGCAUAUUCUUCAGCCAGAAAAUAUGCGCACGUGUGCAUUAUGUAACUCAGAUAAGACAACUCAGGGUACCAAUCAACCGACCAUCUUAUGUUUAACAAAUAAAUAAUUGUUAGUCACCUGGGAGAUAUUUACUAAAGCAAUGACAAUGCAUGAGGUAUUACUCAUUUGUAUGUGAACCUGAGUGCUGGACACCAAUUCAUGUUUCUAUUUCUGAAUUGUUCAAGAAAAUGAGGACCAUUUUAGUCUCCAUGGGUGAAUAUAAGGAACCACUGCUUAGUAAGAGUAAUGUACUUUUCUUGUUUUGUGGUCCACCAGGGAAAUGUAUCUCUGACCUUUUGGGAGAUUGGGUUUGCACUAAUAGCAUUUGGAGAGGUGCGUGGGGCUCCUAUUGAGUUAGAAUCUCUCAUUUAUAAAAUGACAGUUGUAAAACUGUUGAAAUAAAAUAUUGAAAUGU